ACCAGGCAGAGACAGACACAGGGAGGGAAAUACUUAAAUGAAGGAAGUGAAGCUUGGUUUGAUUCACACAAUGACCAAUAGGAUAAACCCUCCCAGUCUUGAGGAAGGAAGGGGGUGGUGGGGAUUCAAACUAAGGCAGGCUUUACAGUGAGUCAAGCACUCUCAAAGACAGACCACAGACUGUCUCCACAGCACAAAGAUACGGGCUUACUGUGACUGAGACCUGCAGCUUUCGUAAACCUAAAAAAGAAAAAGCUUUUUUUUUUUUUUUAAAGUUAGACUUAGAGAGAAAGAAAGAGACACAACCUGUCCAGUGUGAUGGAAAACUAAUCGUAUCCAAAACUUUAAGACUUUAUAGUGAACAAAAAAAAAGAAAAAAGAGGAGCAAGGACAACCCUGAGGAUACUACAGAUUAUGUUGCCAUGGAGACCGAAACCUGGAAGCGGACGCAAGGACCACUGAAGGUGGACAACCUCCCAUGACUGCAUCCUCGACACGUUACUGUCCUCCUGCGACCUGUGGUGAGAGAAUGCUGUGGAGAAUAACUAUCCCAGUCAUACUGGCUGGGGUGCUCUGCAUCACCGCAGAGUCCAAAAAGCAGCGGCCCCAGGGAUCCCUCCCAUCCCCAUACAAGACCAAAGGGAACCUGUCCUCAGAACGUCACCACCGGCUAUUGCAACAGAAACCAGAGGUGCUAUCCUCCAGCCGGGAGGCCUUGGUGGUGACAGAGCGCCGCUACCUCCGCAGAGACUGGUGCAAAACCCAACCCCUUCGUCAGACAAUCAGCGAGGAGGGCUGCCAGAGCCGCACUGUCGUCAACCGCUUUUGUUACGGCCAGUGUAACUCCUUCUACAUCCCCCGCCAUAUGGGCCCCAGCUCGGGUCAGGGCCAGAAUCGAGGCCAAGCCUCAGGCUCUGGAAGGAAAAACCACAACAAGGCCCAGGAGCCGUUCCAGUCCUGCUCCUUCUGCAGGCCACACCGCAUCACACAGCUCACAGUGCAGCUAGACUGCCCAGACCUGCAGCCCCCCUUCAGACACCGUAAGGUGCAGCGGGUCAAACAGUGUCGCUGCAUGUCUGUGGAUGUGAGCGGCCAUGGGAAACUGUGAAGAAGGACUUACGAGUAUUGCCAAAGGCAGAAAUUCAUAAGCUUUGCCAAACAAGGACUGGCUUCAAGUUGAACUAUUCUGCAUCGUGUUGUACAAAUUAUGGCUUGACCUACAAUAAAAUGACAUGAAACAUUGAACUGGUAUUAUUAAACAAAGGAUCAAUGCUGAUUAAAUCAGAGACUUGCAGUCAUACUGGCAAGCUUAUGCUGUUGAGAGAAACUGAAAAAUGGCUCAAGAGACACAGAAGAAGAAGCCGCAUUUCAACAUUAAACAAGUUUUUCCUGACUGCUAUUUCAAUCUGCCUGGCUGUUUGUACAUUUGUCAUUAGAUUCCUUUGUGAUAAAGGAGUUAAUAAAGUGCCUUUGAGUUUAACAACUACUGCUGAUAAUAAAGCGUCUUAAAGAAACUGUAGUAAUAGUGUGACCUCUAUAAAAUGUUUCUGUAAUAGGACGUGUUUUUCUGCAGGUGGAUCUACAGUAAUUACAGUUUUGACAUGUUUUAACUUGUAGGAGAUGUUGAUGGUGUUUUACAAGUAUCAAAUCUGUUACCCAGCAUUUCAUUAACUUCUAUGAUGUCCCAAAUUAUAUUUGAUGUCAAGGAAAAGAUUUCAAGAAACAUGAAGCAACACAGGAAUGACGAGUGGCAUUCGGCCGCUUGGACACAAGCCCGGCUGUGUAUGUGCCACAGAUAUACUAGCCAAUAGGAAAAACAUACUGCAGCAUGUGUAAUGGAGGUGCAAUGCAAUAUAUACAGUAUAUAAAUAUAUAUAUUUUAUGUAUGCGUGUAAGUAUGUCUGUGAAAAGUAUAUUAAAUCUAUUUCAUAUAAAACAACGGUGGUGUUUAGAUCAGCUACAGCAGAAUUUUUUAUUACAAAUUUAUGUAAUUUCUUUUAUUCAAUAAAUAUAAUUUUUCAUGGUCAA